CGGUAAGGAGAUGGCGCUCCUGGCGGGCGUGUGGUGAACCUUCCAGCAGAUCUAAAAUGACUGCUGAAGAUUUGGCAAAAGAUUCAGUGUGGCUAGAUAAGUCAAAGUAUGAUGAAGCUGAACGUGCCUACUAUGAGAAGCUAAACAAGGUUCCUUCUAUUUCUUCCCAAUCACAAUCAAAAAGUCUGGUCGAAGAAAUCGUUAAAGCACGGGAGCACAUUAAAGUUUCUCUUAAAAAUGUAGAUGGAUUCCAAGAUCUUCCCUCCACCAGCAUUAGCAAUGAUAUGAGUGAAGUUGUCAGAAAACUGCAGACAGAUUACAACAGCUUGAAGUCAGAUUUUGAUAAAGUAACAUCACUUCUGCAAAGAAUCGAGAUUCGAGUAAAGAACCUAGAAAAUUCCUUGACUACAGAAUCCUUCCUUGAAAAGAAAAGCAGUGAAAGAACUCCAGGCAAGAAAGAAAAUGAUGACGAUGAUAUUGACCUCUUUGGAUCUGAGGAUGAAGAUGAAGAAGCGAAACGAGUGAAGGAGCAACGCUUAGCUGAAUAUGCUGCCAAAAAAUCUAAAACAAAACUUGUUCCUUUGGCUUAUGGAAUUCACAAGCUACAGAUAGCGUCAGUGGUGGAAGAUGAUAAAGUCUCAGUUGAUGACAUCUCUGACAAGAUUCAAGAAAUCGAGGACUUUGUCCAGAGUGUUGACAUUGCUGCUUUCAACAAAAUAUAGACUUUCGUGUAAGGUUCAUUUUAAAUUUCUUAGGAAAAUCAAUUUCAACCUUACCAUUGGUUUCCGUUUGACAAGAUCAGUGCAACUUUUUCUUGUUCUAUAAGUUGUUAUUUUUUAUUUGUGCCUAGUGUCUAAAUCGCUCCACCAGAAUGUAUGUAAAAAGACUUCUUGCUCGGAAGGACUGAUCAUAUAAUGUAUACAUAGAAAUAAAUGAUAAUUUUACUUGUAAAUGCUAAUGAUUACUAUAUGUACUUCAGUUUUUUUAAUUUGGUUUUACAGAAUUUUUCAUUUGGGAUCAAUGAUUUAGUCCGGAGAAUAAUAUUAGUUCAGACACCAUAAAGCAAAACAUGGAUUUAGCUUGCAUUGGAUAGAGAGUUAGUUGGAGCCAUUGAUUCUUACCUAUUUUGAGAUGCUGAAUCGGAACUUGAAUUUCGCGCACGAAACAGCUCAGAAUGUUGCCAUCAUUUUUUCCAACGCUUUUUUAUUCCUGUGGAUUUUUCGAUUUUAACUCCGUUUGAAUUGAAAGUUUACAAAAUUUGCAAGAACAUCAGCUUGACGACUUUCUGUAAAUUAUGGCCGCCAGAAUGCGACCGCGUUUUCGGUGGAAAAUCGAAUUAUUCUUUUGGUAUUCCAUGAUUUCAAGAAAAACCUAGUGGAAACGUAAAUUUUGGGGCAAUGAUAUCGAUCAGAUAGAAAUAGAAGGAAAUGCUAAAGGUGAGAAGCAAAUGUAAUCUUGCAUUGCGUCAUUUUUGCCAUUCUUUAUGUUGCAAGAACAGUGCACUAAAAAUCCCAUAAAAAUUGUGCCUUAAACACGCUGAAAGCCAUGCUGAAACUGAAAAUUGACCAUGAGGGACAUUCUGUUCUCAAAAUUUAUUAUAGCAGAUAAUACAGGUCAAGGUUUUUGACUCUCAAGGUGCCCAAAAAUACUGCCACUCUAGUAACUCAUGUAACUUGAUAGUUCAAAAGAAUUUUCUUUCCUCAAUCUCGUGAAUUAUACCACUUCAUGGCCGGUACAUGCACGGAGGUGUACAAGGAAUUACCCUAGUGAGUAUUAACUGCUAGUCUCCUCAAUACAACAAAUUAUUGAUCGUAAAUAUUAAUUGUUUAGGUGUAGGAGAAGAGGGCGGGGGUUUCUCAAAAAAAAAAAGACAUCAGACAAUGAGCAUCCUAGAAUAAUUAACGAGUUUGGUUUGAAAAUAAAUGCCCAACAGGAACAAAGAAUGACACUAGAUGAAGGGGAGAAGCAUGUGAAAAGGACCAGAAGAAGUCAGGGAAUUUCGUCAACGGUCAGGGCAUUAUUUGUGGAGUUGGGUUCCAAGUAAAAAUCGGGUCCGCGACGGGUCAGCUGAUCGCGUUGUUGUGCCAACGUUUAGACCACAUUAAUUAAGUGCCCUUUCGUUAUCAUGAAACAGUCAGGGAAUUUCAUUAGAAGUUAGGGAACGAUCAAAUGAAACUUUGCUAGCCAUCCUGGAUAGGGGAAGUUCUCGCCCCCUCCCUCUCCCCGCAUGAUUUUCUGUCACCCUUUCAGUUAAGUAUACUGAGAAUAUUAGCUAUGAAAUGUAUUAAAUGGUAUCCAUCACACUGAUUGAGUGGAAGAAGUCAUUUUCCCCAUUGGCUUUUGUAUUUAUUGAAUAGUUUUGAACAAUCAAUUACGUCACCUUGAGGGAUCAAAAUUAUGAAAGGUGUGUUUAAAAUCAUUCAGAGACACUUCUUUUCGGUUUAAAAGAGUGUUAGGGACAUAGAAAAUGGCAAAAAUAACGCAAUGCAAGAUUAGAUUUGCUUCUCACCUGAAGCAUUUACAACUACUUCCAUCUGAACAGAUACCAUUUCCCCAAAAGUAACGUUUUCACUGGGUUUUUCAUGAAAUCAUGAAACACUAGAAACAAACUACUUGGAUUUUAAACCAACAACGCUGUCACGCUUUAGCAGCCAUGCUUCUUAAUUCAAAUACAUAUAUUAAACUGAUGCUCUUGCAAAUUUUAUGGAAUUUAAUUUUGGACUAGGCUAAAUUGAUCGAGAACUCGACAAGAAGUUAGCUAUUUUUGAAAGCUGAACUCCCAAAAACGUUGGAAAAAAAACAGAUUUUUCACUAAAAUCGUUCUGGGCCGAGAUUUUGCAUUUAACGCGCUCAUUCAGUUUCAACGACCCAAAAUACAUUGAAAUCAAUGGCUAGACCAUGUUUUCCCUCUAAUGCAAAGUUAAACCCUAUUGAGUCUAGACCAUACUGAUGUUGUCAAGAUUUCAUAAAAAUUGACACAUGGAUCAAUAAUGAUUUCCUUACAAUGAUUCCAUUUUGCAAAAACGAACCACAUGUAUUCCAGUGUCGCUAAGAUUGUGCAACUUUUUUUACCUUGCAAAUAUAAAUUGAUCAUCUUAACAAGUUUUAUCCUUACUCCCAAUGAACUAUAAAUUCAAUACUAAAAUUAGCAUAGUAGAUUUAACUUUCUGCAAGGUUUCAGUAAUUUCAUUGCAAGAAAUGUAAGUUGCAUACUCUUAGUAACAAUGGAAUGCUCUUGGUUCUUUUUUGCAAAAUGCAAUCCACAAAUAGCCACUGAAAGCUGUUGAAUCAUUUAUGAAAUACAAUGUGUUGCAAAUUUGUAUAAGUCAUUCGUUUCUCUGUCUCUGGUUCCUGUCUCACUUUUAAUUGUAUUAUUUCUUAAUUUAUUUUCUUAUUUCACAUGCAUAAAACUUGUUUCUUUCCAA